UAGACCAGUCAUAAAGUUUGUGAACUCAUACUAAUUGUAAGAUAUAUAAAUAAUCAAUAUCUCUAGAAAUUUCGAUCGAUAAUUUGAAAACAUGAAGUUCACAGUAAUUUUGGUUGCAGUUGUCGUUGUCACACUUUGUUCCGCUUACCCACAAAACUUUAACAAUAACAACAACAAUAACAAUGGAGGGGCGCAAAUAAAUAAUAACAACAAUAACGGUGGCGGUGGUGGUGGUGGGAGGCGUGGUGGAAUCCUUGGAGGGAUUCUUGGGGGUGGUGGUGGUGGUCCCUUAUCUGGCAACAGUAUCAACAUCAUCGGACCCAUCACUGCUGCGCGUGGGGGUGGUGGACAAAUAAAUAAUAACAACAACGGUCAGCGAGGUGGGGGUGGUUUCUUGGGAGGCAACACCAUUAAUGUGAUUGGAUAAUCGUAUAUGUGUAUAAAUUUCUUAUGCUCAAUGUAUAAUAAAGUUCAGUAAUUCACUACCCUUUAAUUUUUAUUUUGUAAUUGCACGGUUAAAUUGCCUAUGGUCUAUGUUUCAUCAUUUAUGCAACAACAAACAACGAGAAAUAAGUAUGUAUGUAUGUAUGUAACUCAGAAUCAAUUCGUAUAUUAUAUUAUUAUAUAUUAUUAUUCGUAAAAUUAUAUUUCGUAAUUUACUUGGAAUUUAUUUUUGUAAAACCAAAAUUCGUUAACUUAACUUUGGAUUUCAGACUUUUUACAAAUUGUGAAUUUUUAAAUGAACAGCAUGGCAGAUGAGGAGUUGAUUAUUUCUGUU